ACAACAACGGCUGCUCCAACUACAACCACAGAGGCUCCAACAACAACCACAGCGGCUCCAACCACAGUCACAGCUGCUCCAACUACAACCACAGCUUCUGCAACUACAACCACAGCGGCUCCAACAACAUCCACAGCUACUCCAACCACAACCACAGCUUCUGCAACCACAACUACAACUGCUCCAACCACGACUACAGCUCAUCCAACCACGACAACAGCUGCUCCAACCACAAUCACAGUUGCUCCAACCACAACAGCUACAACCACAGCGGCUCAAACAACAACCACAACUGUGCCAACCACAAACACAGCUGCUCCAACCACAACAACAGGCGCUCCAACCACAACCACAGCUGCUCCAUCCACAACAACAGCGGCUCCAACCACAACAGCUCCAACCACAGCGGCUCAAACAACAACCACAACUGUGCCAACCACAACCACAGCGGCUCCAACAACAACCACAACUGUGCCAAGGACAACCACAACUGAACAAUCCACAACCACAGUUGCUUCAACAACCACAGUACCUAGUACCACAACAACAGCUGCAAAAACCACAACCACAGAUGCUCCAACCACAACUACAGCUGUGUCAACCACAACCACAGCAGCUCCAACUCCAACAACAACCACAGCUGCGCUGCACCACCCACAACCAUAG